AUGUAUGGCAGUACCGUGAGUCUAAGCGCCAGUUCUGGCAGCAAUUCACGCGACAAUUUCAUGCCACCUCAAGUAUUACCAUCAUCCUUUCGUUAUCACGUUCAAUCAGGUGAUACACUUUCCAGUAUUGCACACAAAACACAAACAAGUGAGAUGAAUUUGCUCGCACUAAAUCCGCUUCUAGGACAUAAGAAGACGACACGUGUGAAACUCUAUUCUGGUCAACAACUUACUAUUGAACAAGCACGUGAUGUAUCACUUCCACCAUUACCUAAUUGUAUUGAUAAUGGAUGGGGUCAAAUGCAUUUUGUACGCGCUGGAGAAACGUUACGUGAUAUUGCAAUACUUUACAAUACAAGAGAAGAUAUUUUACGUCAAGAUAAUCGUCACUACUUUCCAACAGGUGAGCGUAGUCAAUUGUAUCCAGGACAAUUGCUACAUAUUCGACAGAUCUUUACUGGAGAAAUGGAAAAACAAGACAUUGUAGAGCGAAUCUGUAAGGAUAAGGCAAUGGACGAACAAGAGGAAGCUAUUUACACGAACACGUCGGCUCUUUUUGCACGAUACAGGACGCAUCUUGUUACUUGUACAGAUACCUUUGAGUCCAUUUGUACAAAGUAUUCAAUACCUUACUCUCACUUUCUACAAAUUAAUCGUGGCCGUUACCCACUGGGUCAACGUGUUGAGCUAGUGGUUGGUGAACGAGUUAUUGUACCAGAUCUAUUGGCAAGCCAACAAGCAGCAAGUAGACGCAACGUUGCGGAAGUGAAACUGACCAAGCAGAUUCACGUUGUCGAGCCUGGUGACACCCCAGAAGAGCUGGCAAAGCGCUAUGGUAUGACGGACGACGAAAUGCGUGAGUAUAAUCGCGCUUACUUCCCCAAAGGAUAUCGAGGCGAGAUUCGUCCGGGCUACAAGCUAGUGGUCAAGCGACUAAAAGUCACGGACAACUCGGAGUCGCCGCAGCAGCUACAAUACAGGGACCUCGAUGCAUGA